AUGACAGCAAUCAAGGAUGCUAUUGUCAAGGACCACCGGGAGCUGGAGGAGUACUACAACGAGAUUAUAAAUUCGACGGACCAUGACCACCAGGAACGCUUCGGUAAUCAAUUCACCUGGGAGCUCGCCCGACACUCCGUUGGCGAGGAAUUGGUGGUGUACCCUGCUUUUGAGAAGUAUAUGGGCGAGAAGGGUAAGGCGAUGGCUGAUGAAGACCGCCAGGAGCACCAUAAAGUCAAAGAACUCCUAAAGCAGUUCCAGAACAUGAAACCCCAAGAAGCCGACUACCUGCCCAAAUUGAAGGAGCUCUGGGCUGAUUUGUCCGGGCACAUCAAGGAGGAGGAGAGCCGAGACAUGCCCGCCUUUGAAGAAGCGCUUGCUAAUGCCGAGGAGGAAUCCCAGGCCUUGGCAAGGAGCUUUGGCAGGACCAAGGCGUUUGUGCCGUCCCGCAGUCACCCAAGCGCCGGCGAAAACCCGCCUUUCGAGACUGUCAUGGGUCUUUUGACUGCACCGUUUGAUCACCUCGCUGAUAUAUUUCGAAAGUUCCCAGACAAUACAGUCUCCCCAAAUCCUUCAACUAAAUAG